AUGUUGAUUCUUACAGAGACUGCGGCCGGUUAUGCCGUUUUUAAGGCAAAAGAUAAAUUGUUGAAAAAGCGUGAAGCCUUAGUCGACGACUUAAAAACAGCUGAAGGUGCUUCGAAUAUCUUAAAAUUGCAGUCAUUUGCAAAAUUCGAAAGUACAGUGGAUGCCGUCGACAAUGUCUCCGCUCUUAUCGAGGGCAAGGUUUCCCCUAAGCUUUCAAAUCUUUUGAAGGACUUGUCCGACAAAAAAAAUAAUAUGCUUGUUGUUGCUGAUCCCAAGCUUGGUAACGCCAUUAACAAAUUGCCUGGUCUUGAGUUUGAGGUUAUGUCUGACUCAUCCGUCCAGGAUCUAUACCGUGGUAUUCGUGAGCAUAUGUCUUCGUUGAUUGCUGGCUUGGCACCCUCUGAUAUUAACGCCAUGUCUUUGGGUCUUUCGCACUCCCUUUCUCGUCAUAAGCUCAAGUUCUCUCCCGACAAGGUUGACACAAUGAUCGUUCAAGCAAUUGCUCUCCUUGACGAUCUCGACAAAGAGUUGAAUACCUACGCUAUGCGUGUUCGUGAAUGGUAUGGUUGGCAUUUCCCUGAAAUGGGCAAGAUUGUUCAAGAUAACUUGGCAUAUGCCCGCGUUAUUAAGACUAUGGGUAUGCGUACCAGCUGUUCUUCUACCGAUUUCAGCGAUGUUCUUCCUGAAGAAGUCGAGGCCACUUUAAAGAGUGCUGCUGAGAUUUCUAUGGGUACCGAAAUUACCGCCGAAGAUUUGGAAAACAUUUCUAUCUUGGCACAACAAGUUCUUGAUUUGGCAGCUUACAGAGCUCAGUUAUCAGAAUAUCUCCGCAACAGAAUGCAUGCCAUUGCUCCCAACUUGACUGCUCUUGUCGGUGAACUUGUCGGUGCUCGUUUGAUAGCUCACGCUGGCUCUUUGAUGAACUUGGCCAAGCAACCUGCUUCCACUCUCCAAAUUUUGGGUGCUGAAAAGGCUCUUUUCCGUGCCUUGAAAACCAAGCACAGUACUCCCAAGUACGGUUUGAUCUACCACGCUAGCUUGGUUGGUCAAGCUAAUUCUAAAAACAAGGGUAAAAUAGCUAGAGUUUUGGCUACCAAGGCCGCCUUGUCCCUUCGUGUUGAUGCUUUGACUGACAAAAAUAUUGUUGAUGGUAACGUCGGUCUGGAGAAUCGCAUUCGCGUUGAAAACCGUCUUCGUUCCCUUGAAGGUGGAAAGCUUUUGCCUUUGCCAACCGCCUCGGUUCAACAACAAAAGCACGAUAUCAGUGGUGGUGCCGCCUACAACCCUGCUACUGACACUGUUGUUACCACCGAUGACGCUGAUAAGAAGGAAGAGAGUGAAAGUGAAGAAGAAAAACCCAAGGAAGACAAGGAUUCCAAAAAGAAGAAGAAAAAGUCUUCCAAGAGUAAGGAUGUUGAUGAGUCAUCAGAUAGCAAAAAGGAAAAGAAAAAGAAGAGAAAAUCUGAAGACGGAGAAGAAGCUUCUGGCGAGAAAAAGAAGAAAAAAUCCAAGAAAUCUAAAUCUUAA